AUGACGAGCAUUUCGGACCUCCCGGAAGAUGUGCUGGUGGAGCUGCUGUCCCUGCUGCCGGCCCGGGACCUGCUCCGCGCCUGCAGGCUGGUCUGCACCCAGUGGCGCUACGUGGUGGAUCUGACCACCCUGUGGAAGCGCAAGUGCCAGCGGGACGGCUUUCACACGCAGAGUUUGGACAGGAGCAUUUCUGACUGGAAGAUCUUCUAUAUGCUCUGCAAGUUGAAGAGGAACUUGAUAAAAAAUCCCUGUGCUGAAGAGAGUUUUCAGCACUGGAAACUCGAUAAUAAUGAAGGCGAUAGAUGGAGGAUUGAGGAGCUGCCUGGGCCUCUUGGGAGAGAGAUGCCAGAUCCCAAAGUACAGAAGUAUUUUGUCACUUCAUUUGGGCUGUGCCUCAAAUCUCAACUCAUUACCCUGAAGAAUGAAGGAUACUGGAAUGAGCUGAUGGAUGAGAAACGGCCUGAAAUUGUAAUCAAGGACUGGUACGCUGCCAGAUUUGACUGUGGCUGCCGCUACGAGAUUACUGUGAGGCUGCUCUCUGAAGAUUAUAUCGUCCUUGAGGAGUUCCACCCCGAGCCCGUGGUUAUAGAGCAGUGGAGCGACGCUAUGUGGAGGGAGAUCUCUCACACCUUCCACAAUUACCCAGCUGGAGUUCGUUACAUCUGGUUUCAACACGGAGGCCAAGACACCCAGUUCUGGGCAGGCUGGUAUGGGAUCCGGGUGACAAACAGCAGCAUCACCAUUGGGCCCUGGACAUUAUUAUGAAGAGGCAGUAUAAAUGUUCUCUUUUACCUCAGGACUGUAACCGGGUGGUCUCAGGUGCCGUUAUAUUUGUACUCUUUGGGCGAAUGUCCUGGC